AUGUUGCACGGAUGUAUUGGCAUUGGAGCAGGCUAUUAUCAAUCAACGAAUUACGCAUCCCUCGCAGAUGUGGGAACCAACAAGUCCCUAAAGCAUGGAGGAGCUGGAGAUAGCAAUGGGCCUCCCAACAUGGUCGAAUACAUGAUUACAACCUACAGAGCGGAUCCGAAGAAAAUUUUCGUGACCGGAUCUUCCUCCGGCGGGAUAAUGACCAACGUUUUAUCCGCUGUCUGCCCCGACGUAACCGCCACUGUCUCCGCAUACCCCCGCCUUGCUGCAGGCCGCUUGGCAGGAUCACCAAGCUACAGCCCAGUUACAGCAAAGCCGGACUGUGCGAACAGCGAGAAAUUACCAAAAGUCAAGAAGCUUGGGUGA